UUUCUUUUACCAUUUCCAAGCAACAGGGGGUGGCUCAACUUACCCCACUCUCCCCAACUAUUGAGGCUGCAGAGAGGUUUCUGUGAGUAACAGAGUCAGAUAAUUAACAGUUACACUAAAAUGAAAAGAGCCUACAAACCAGCUAAACUCUCAGCUGUUAAAUCUCAGCGCUGAAACAUGAAACUACAGCUGCAAUUGUAAGUCGCACGGUGCAUUGCUGUCAACAAAGGUUUGUUCCAUUCCUCUUCAUAGUACCUCAAGCUCUUGCAGUCUCAUUCACUCGAUCACUUUCAAGGUUCAGACCGGUAAGUCAAUGACGGCUCAGGGUUCAGGGUUUAGGGAGGAGACUGAGCUUCAGCCACGGCUUCUUCUGGGUGAGACUUAAAUUGAGUGGGACGAGUCACAUGGUCGGAACUUAGUGAAGUACCCGGAUGAUAUACAUCGUAUCAGACCCAUGAGCUGGACCGAGUACAGCUGACCACCAUGGAUUUUAUGACGGAUCAAGAUGUGCAAAAGGUGAGUAUGAGCCUUGUGUAUACUCUUAUUUGAAUAAAAAUCAAGUUAAAGUGAGUAAUGAUUUAAGAUAUUAUCCGGAGUUUUAAUACCAAACGUCUGCAUACUGAGUCGGUUUUUACCCCUCUGUUAAAUUUGUACAUAAGUGUAUUUAUGUUGAGAAAUCUCUCUUCAGACAUGCUCUAGCCAAACGUUUUUGUUCAUUUUUAUUUAAUGUUAAAGAGGGUGUUUGUGUCCAUUUGGAGCUUAUUACAUAACAGGCUCUUGCAGCCAGAAGUCACCUAAGUGAAGUCAGAUCAGACCAGUUUUUCCUCUACUGGGGGUUUAUAUGUAAAUGAUUGAUUCUUAGGAAAGAUCAGCCCUACUCCUCCUGUCUGUCUGGUUUAGAAAAGGGCGUAAAGGAGAUCAGAUUUAUAUGAAUUGCAAUCUUUGUGAUGUUAGGGUGCAAAACUAUUAACCUGCAGAUAAAGUGCAAACCAAAUCAAGUAUUAAAAAUAUGUUUUUUCCAUCAUGCACAAUUUGAUAUUUCCUUUGCUGCAUAAAGCUUUUGAGGAUUGGCUGCAUAUUCACUCCCCAAACCCACCCGAGACUGUACAGACCCCCAUACUUUCAAAUCACUCCUAUAAACACACCUUUUUAAAUUAGCUUUUAAUUUUUCUUUUGUCUUUUCAUAUUGCGUCUUUUUUAACCUUUUACAUUGUUGGUUUUAUUUCUCAAAAAUUUCUGCAUUUUAAAUUGAGUUUUUUCUUUGUAAAGCGUCCUUGAGCACCUGUAAAAGCACUUUGUAAAAAAAAUAUUAUUAUUAUUAUAUUUUGUUCCAUAUGACAGAGAACUGAGCAGCUCUAAUAUUUAAAUGAUAUUUUGCAAUGUAUUACUUCUGUCACUCAAGCUUUUUUGAACGUUCCUUUUCAAUGCACCACACGUUUAACCUUAGGCUGUUGUAAAACCUAAUAAAAGCAAGAUCCCUUAAAAACAAGACUUGCAUGGUUGGAUCUGAGCAUCUAUCUUGGGUUUAUGGCCAAUAUUUGAGAAAACAAAGCCUUGCAUGUUGGUCCAAAUUGACCCAGAAUCAUUCUCCUGCCUCCCCCACAGUAUUUGGAGGAUGGUUACGUGGUUCUGGACGGGCUGCUGACCCCCCAAGAGUGUGAUGAGCUGAGGCAGAGGAUGGCAGAGAUAGUGGACAAGAUGGACGUCCCUCAACACUGUCGCACCACUUUCUCCACCUAUCAUGAUGACCAACUCCAAAAACAGGUGAUAUAACAAACAUUGUACAGUGAGAAAGGUCGGAAACAUUAACUGUGAGUUGUAAUUUUAUCUCCAUACACUUUGUUCACAUGCUUCGCUUCAUAUUGUAUCUGAAGAUGCAGGUGAGUGAGUGUUACAGAUAGUCAGUGUUUUCUAUUCGUCUAGUCUGACACUAAAUGUCCUCUCAGGCUAAUAGAAAACUCUAAAGUCAACAGUCUGCUCAGCGCCAGGGGUUUGUGUCCGUCUCUUCUGGAUCAUGUGACUGUUUUUGACUCUCUGACCUGCAGGGAAACGCAGAUUAUUUCAUCACCAGUGGAGAUAAGAUCCGCUUUUUCUUUGAGAAAGGGGUUUUUGAUGACAAAGGUGAGGGAGUCUUUUCAGAUCAUUUCUCAAAAGCUCCUGAUAUAUAUUUUUUUUAUUCUGUUAUUUAACCCUUAUUUACCAUGCUCAGUUUUAUCUUCAUCCAUGUCUUUUUUAUGACAUUGUUGUUUUGGUUUGCUGUCCAAGCGUCCUGCUUUAGCCUUGUUUUUGUCUCUAUUUCAAGUGAAGUUAUUACUCACAAAAGCUGUCUUGUUCUUCAGGGGAAUUCAUGGUACCAAGACAGCGCUCAGUUAAUAAAGUUGGACAUGGUAAGAUAUUCGAUUAUGGCAUUUAUAUAAAGGGUAUUUCCAAAAGGCCAUAACUGAACUCCCUCUUUUUAAUCUGCUUUUUAGCCCUGCAUGCCUAUGAGCCAUUGUACAAAAAAGUUACACAUUCACCCAAAAUCCAGGUGAGUGAGCUGUUGAACAAUAUUAAAGACAGAUGAAAUGAGUUGAAGAAUAACCAGCCUGACUUGAACUGUGACUCUCUCACAGGGUAUAGCUAAGAAGCUGGGUCUCAUAAGUCCUGUGAUACUGCAAAGCAUGUUUAUAUUUAAGGUAAAACAUCUCUGUCUUAAACAUGAAUGAUGGUGGAUGACAUGACAGUAUGUGAGGAGUUUAAGACACAUAUUCUCCUCCUUUCUCUCCUUCAGCAACCAGGAAUUGGCGGGGAAGGUGAGAAAAUUGACCUGAAAGUGAAACGCAUAAAUCAGCGAAGAGUCUGAUGUGAUGAAUGUUGCGUAUAUUAAAUAUCCUCACAGACGAUUUUUCCUUUUUUUCUUAGUGACGCCACAUCAAGACGCCACGUUUCUGUACACAGAGCCAUUAGGCAGAGUUAUGGGUGUGUGGAUCGCCCUGGAAGAUGCCACUGUGAACAACGGCUGUCUGUGGUUCAUCCCAGGAUCACAAAAUUGUAAGAAAACUACGUAGUUACACUUUAAUGACCACACAUAUUAGCAUUAACUAAUAGUCAAUAAGCCAUUGAUAAGACCUUGUAAGAUUAAUUUGUUAGACGUGAAUUUGUUUAAAGAUUUAUUGUGUUAAUAAGUGUUCAUAAUUUCUUUUAACAAAGGCUCAAACACUUAUAUUAAAGGUGGUAAAAAUCUCAUUAAAUAUCAACUGUAAUUGGUUAUAAGCUCUCUUUGAAACUGAUAAUAAAUAUGUUCAUCAACCUUUAAAAAUCCUUAUAAAAUUUGAUUAGUGUGAAUUAACAUCCUAAACAUGUCAUAUUAGUAGAAUAAAUAUGUUAAUUAUGCUUUUAUUAACACUUAUCAUCACAUUGUGUAUUUUAAGCACCUUAGAAGUGGCCUUAUUUACUAAUUAUGCUUAUACUAAAAACCUUAAUAUGGACUUUUACCAGCCCUCCUCCGCUGUUAUGUAAGAUAAAGAAAAAUUGACAUCAAAUUAAUGUUUCUCAAACAAGCCUGUGGCAUUUAGUAAUCUUUUUUUUUUAACCUUCAGAAGUUAAUUUUUCUGAGCAAUUUAGUUUUUAUUUACUAAUUUUUUGAUGCCAAAAAAGGGAUGUGCUGAGAGAAAGUAUGACAAAAGUUAUCUCAAGAAUCAUCAAACUUUACAUUACCCAGAGUCCUCACCUCCAAACAAAUGUCAAAAUGUCAAAUGUGUGUUUCUACUCUGUCUCCAUAUUACUUUACUUUAGUAUGUUGGAUUAAUUCUGGACUGACUAAAUUAUAUCUAACUCUUCUUCUCAGGUGGUAUUUCCCGGCGUAUGGUGCGAACACCAAAAGGCACCUAUCCAUUGACAGAUUUCAUUGGUCGGGAGCAGGACUACGACGAGGGAAAGUUUGUCAGCGCUCCUGUUAAAAAAGGUAUUUCAGUGUGGGGAUGUACAGUAUGAUUACAGCAGUUAUCUGUUAUUAUUUUCUUUUUUAAUUGAAUUUCAUUUUGGGCUCAUUUGAAAUAGUUUAAGACCUUUUUUUGUUGAGUGAAAUAAUGUUUUAGGUCUGUUAUUGGUAACAGAAAAAUUCAACUGAAUGAUAUGAAUUCACAAAUUGCUCAUCCACUAUCACUAAAUAUCAGAUACCUUGAAGAAAAUUAGCAUAUUUUAGUCUGCAAGUAUCUUAUUGUGGUCAGGUGGUGUAGUCCUGAUCCACGGGGAGGUGGUGCAUCGCAGCGCUGAAAACACCUCUGAAGACUCCCGUCACGUCUACACCUUCCACAUCAUGGAUUCUCAGGACACACGCUGGAGUCCAGACAACUGGUGAGAAUUUGUGUGUUGUGGUUUAUUAGACACAAGAGUGCAGUUUUUUUUUAAUAAACAUACAGUCAGAUGUUUCCCUCUUCUGUGCUUGGUCUGGUUUGACCACCAGCUGUUGUAAGCUAAUGCUCACAAAGAAAUAUAUUUAUAACUCUUCAAGUGAUUGUCUAAAAAUCACUGAGGCUGAGACUAAAAUUUUAAUGUAGUUAUGAUUUUCCUGUGUGUUUGGUCUUUACAGGUUGCAGCCAACUGAAGAGCUCCCUUUCCCGCCUCUUUACCCUAAAUAAGGACGUUCUUAAUAUCUGGAGCUGCAGUUCACAGAGAGACACAAUACGUUAAUUACUAAAAAGAGACCAACUUGAUUUAGCUGUUUUUAAGAGAAGUGAUGCUGCAAUUAGUCAUGGAUUGUCAUUUGACAUACAAGACACCACCUUUGACUAUAAGCUACUAUUAAAGCUCCUUAAGGGAGUUUUACACGUCAGUGAAAUAGACUAAAAUUCAUACUGAUGCAUAAAAUACGAUGGAAAACUAGACCAUCAGUGACAAGAUUGGCCAUUUUUCUCAGGUAAUUUUCAAUACUGGUGUCAAACUGGAGUGAGGAGGGAGGUUUCAGCUGAUAAACUAGAAGACAGCCUUUAUUUUACAUACAAAACAUUCACAAUGAAUGAUGCAUUUGAUCGUCUUCUUAAAUAGAUAGACCGCACAAUAAGCAAAGUGUUUUGUCCACAGGGGGGCGCCAUUAUGAACACAAACCAAGAGUUCCUCGCUGGAGCUUUAGAUCUUGAAAAAUGUAUCAAUAUUUUUUAAAUGAAUAUUUUUAAUAGACAGGAAAUGUUGAUGAAUAAAAAAUGAUUUUUGAAUCUCUGUUCACUGAUAUUUCACUCUGCAUCUGACAGUUGUAGAUACAUUUUUAUUUGGCAACUCCAACCACAGAUAUUCAUCUUCAUGAUUCUCUGUUUUGAUUUGCAUCAGAAUAAGAUAACAGAGUCAAAUUAUUACAGACAAGUGUUUUUUUUAAUUGUUCAAGUAUUUUCAUCUGUAAGACGCAUCAUAAAUUAAAAAAAAAUAACAACAAAAGCAUGUACAUAUGAACAAUAAAGUACCACAAUAUCAUAUCUAAUAAUGAAAAAUAAAUUUGGAAAAAAACAUGAAUUCAAGGAAAAAUCACUCAGUCCUGAAGAUUUUGCUUCAUAAUGGGUUUAUAAACAUAUUGAACUUUAUUAACCUUUCAUCUGAUGCACUGAACAUGCAAUAUUACAUUUCUGAAAUGUAACCGUGAUGGUAAAAACAACGAACUAGAAAGAUCAUGCUGUUGAAGUAUAAAUAACUUUGAAAGAUGAAAAUUGAUCAAAAGGCUGAAAUUUCAUGCUGAAUACAAGUUUUGGUGAAUUUUCAUCAAAGAACGAUGAAAUGCAACCUGACACUAUUAGAUAACUUUUUCAAAGCAAAAAUUGAAUGCAGCAAAAAAUAAAAAAUAAAGGGCUCGUCAACAGAGUCCAAAACUCUGCAGGGUUUGAAGGCUCAGAAUAACCAGGACAUGUACUGCUAACUUAAAGGGUCCCAAAAGCAAAUAUACAGUCAGCAAACUUACUUAACAAAAACAUAUACUGUAGGAUACCUGUGUAUGUGUUACAGUACCGUAUUUCACAUUAGUGUCAUGCAUGAGCAUAAUGACUUCUGCCAUUGCAAAGUGUAAAUCAGCCCUUAUUAAGAAGAGUAGAGGGGCUGCCAUGCUUUCAUCUACAGCAUUUACAACAGUGGUUCAUGAGUGAAAUGUGUGUAGAAAAGAUACAUCUUAAGGCAAAUGCUUUCAGCAGUUGAGUCCUUCAUAUUGCCAUCAGGGAGGCAAAAUAAUCGAAUCACAAAAACAAUUAAGGAUGUUUCAAUAGGCUUAAAGAAUGUUCUUCAAAGGCAAUACAAAGGCAUGAAUCCAUCUGGGAAAAAGAGGAAAUCAUUCUCACCGAUGAUCGAGAUAUGUUAGCAGCGUCUGUUCUGUCUAGGGUUCUCUGAGUGUUUAAAGGACGUUUUUCCACUUUGCUAAACUAUCUCCUGUUGCAUAAUUCAGGAGGAAUGGGUGUCGGCGGUCAGGUACCUUACAGUUGAGACAGCGGCACUCCUCCAGGGUUAAUACAGACUAAUUUUUAGCAACUUUUAUUCAUGUUUCUCUGCAACUUAUUCUGUAAAGGUUGUUUCAUUCCUCAAGCAGCUAAAAAUAUGUGUAAUCUAAAGGUAACAGGCGCUAAAGUCAUGCUAACAUCCUGUCUCUUGCCUCCUAAAGCAGACUUUAUUUGGUGUACCCAGUUUUACUAAUCUGUUAGAUUUUAAACAUUGUUUAUUGUGCUAGAAAAAAAAGAUUUAACUGUUUUUUUUAAAGGUACUUCUAUUACAUUAACUAACAUACUUGCACUUUAUUUUUCCAAAUUUAUCUUUUUUAGCCCCCCUCAGCGAGAGCUAAGGACAGUGGGAGGGAUCUGUUUUUGUUUGUGCCAUCUGUCUGCCUAAAGCAAGAGCAGGAUGAAGAGGUAGAGUGGGAGGAGGAGGUUGUCUAUUUGGGAGGUGUAGGCCUCAAGCAUGGCCACUAGAGUGACGGAGCCCACAAUCCAUGAGUAGGUGGAGUUCAGGUUGAUGCUCCCAUCAAAAAUGAGAAACAUAGCUAUUGCUAUGAUCUGGGCGAACACAGAUGUUGCAGUCCCCUCCAUGGUUUUUUUUGUCCCAGGCCAACGGAUCUCCCCCAUGGUGCUGCCGAACACAGACGCCACGGUGUCUCCAACCCCCACUGCCAGCACACCUGCAUAAGGCACCAGCCCACCUGCACCUGGAAGUGUCCCCUUAGGGGCACAGGGUCCUGGAAACAACCAUAUAGGCAGGGACAUGCCUAGCAACAGGUAGAUGUGGGUCAGGAUAAGUGGCCCAGAGUCCCGCUCAUCCAGGAACAAGGUGAGCAUCUGCCUGAGAAGCUGACCGAGUGGCCGGAUCCGAAAGUAACGCACGUAUUCCAGGAACAAGAAAAUUGCCAAGCAGCCCACAGACGCCACAUGGAGGAGCUGCCUGUCGUAUAUCAACCCUGGGACAAAUGUGGCCACGACAAUCAGGUGGAAGUACUUCCUAACGACUGUUGAGGCCUGGUGCUUCUUGGAUCCCGAUUGUCGCUGAUGGUUCUGGUGUAACACAACACAAGUCGCCACAACGGCCAGAAACACCCAGUACCCCAGCAGACAAAGUCUUUUGUCAUUCAACAUGGCAAAGUCCAGCAGCCACAUGAUGGGGUGUCGCCCAAUGAAUAGGGAUAGCCAUGGCAUGAGGAUCCCCAGACCCAGAACAGCUGUCAUCAUGUGGAAGAACAGUGACGACACCCAGGUCUCAGACUCCAUGAAGCAGAAGAGCAGGGCGAAGAAAACUCCCAGCAGCAGCGAGCCCACCACCACGACAGGCAGGAAAUAGUUCACUGGAUCACCUUUGACCUCUGCCAAGUUCAGAGAGCGUUUGAUAAGCUGGUUGACGAUGAAACUGAUUCCUCCGACCACGAGAAGGGCCUCCCCAGGUGUGAAGCAGCGUGGAAGCAGGUAAAGCACAAUCAGGCUGAGAUAAACAAAGAUCAGCAGUACCUCCAGGACCUCGAUGACCUCCGACACUGUCAGCGUUUGUUUGGUAGUGUAGAGUAUUGCGCUGCCAGCCAGACCUGCGAUCACACAAGUGUUUGUGGGCACAGGUCUUGUGAUUCCCAGAGCAAUCAGGGAGAGAAACAGAGCCAGCAUCAUGCCUGUUAUGGUGAUCACCAUGGAGAAGCGCUCGAAGUAGACAUUCCCUGAGGCGGAGCACCUUUCUCUUAGUGCCAGGCCCAGUAAAGGCAUCACCAUGGAGGCAGGGACGAUGCCGCUGCUCGCUGAAGGACGAAACUGGAAAACGGCCGCCCCUGAUCUGAGCAGACGGUCCCAUUUGUGCUGGACGUAGAAAGCCUGGAUGAAGAGGGCUAUGUUGCACCAUGAGUGCUGGUUCCACACUGCCAUGUGGACGCAGAGCACCACUGCCAGAACUACAGAGGACUCCACAUAAACUGGAUUGAUCUGCAUGGCUGCGGGGUGGAUGGAGGCAGGCCGGCAGGGAGGGACGGAGGAGGGUUGAUCUGAACAGAUGGUCUGCAACAAUGAAGGCCUUCUCCUGUCAGUUCCUCUCUCUGGCACACUUCAUCAUUUAGCAGGCAUUUUUCACUCUCUCAGGAUAUCUACAAAAAAAGGGGAAAAUAAAAACAAUGAGAUGUCCAUUCAAGACAUUGUACUAAGGUGUGACAUGUGUUUUCGUAUUUUACAAAUGAAAGGUGGGGUAGGCAGGAUCUGCGGAAGUGCCAGCUUUUGGGAGAAAUCUUGAAUGUAAACUCUGCCCCUCCCAACCAGUUUUCCCCUCAGCUCCUCCUCUCCCCUCCUUCUCUGCUCCAGCAAGCCCCGCCCAAAAACAGACGCUCGUAUCGUUCCAAUUUAAUUCAGAUAUAAUGCAGAUAAAUACAAAGGGAGCCCAGUCAACUUUAAAGUAAAUAGCAUUGGUACUACUAUGCCAACAGACUACCAGCAAACACAAUGUUUGCAGGACUUCUACAACUAGGAUAAAGUGACAUAGUCCAGGACCCGAGGUCAACAGUUUAGCGGCGCUACAACACGCAGCAGGUCCCGUUUGACAAGAAACACUUCUGUUACAGACACUUGGCUUACUUUGUUAAAGUGGUUUACCUGUCCAGCAGAAAGGUUACAGGGUCCGUAAGAUCCCAAAGCGUCCCCCAUCAUUGUUGACCCAGCUUUUUUAGCUCUUGUCUGGAUGGUCUACCUCCUUUUUAAGUGCACGUUAUUCCACCAGAGUCUCCGGUAUUUACUUCGUUUUCUUGCUUGGCCAAAGGACGAUUUAGACAAUUUUCUGUACUUUCUGGUUGGUUUCUACUGUCUGAUAUUGUCGCACACUAACAUAAUUUUGGCUCAUGAAUGACACGGGGGAGCAGCGUCCGCCUCACAACUAAUCAGACUGUGGGAGGCGGAGAAUGGCUUUGUUUACAGUCAGAAAGAGCGGAGCGCUCAAAAAAUUUAAAAUGUUGACUACACAGACAUAACAAAACACAGCGGGAUCAUUAUAUUACAAAAUUUCAUCAAUGACUAAUAGCUAUUGACUGAUAUUAAAAGCUUUUUUGUAUAUACACCACAAAAAAGAUGCUUCUUUAAUGGAUUCCUGCCUACCACAUCUUUAAGUUAAACUGUUGGGUCUCAGUACUAAACAUGGGAGAGUUUCGAACUGUGAGGUAAAAGUACGUUGGAGUAAUUCCUGAAUGGGACGACAAACUGCUCUGAUGUGACUUAUUAAAAAAGUCACAUAAGAAUCAAGAGGGAGCAAAAUGUUUCCAUAAUUUUCUGACAUAAAUGGAGGUCCCAAACAUGUAGCAAUGUUUUAUUAUGUGUUAUUAAAAAAAGAAACACUACUUCGUUGCACGACAGCAGUAGAGGGGUAUUCUAGAGUGCUGGUGGGUUGUAAAAAGACAGUGGCUGAGACUACGCAUUCAAGGCAAUUGUUGCUAGGGAUUAUUUUUUGUCCCUUUCCAAAAUUUAUGGGUCGGAUGGGUGUCCCCACACACAAAUGGCCACAUUUACUUGUCACUUAAGAUAAAGAAAAACAACUUUUUGGCAUGACAACAGUGGAGGAGGGUUCUGAAGUGAUGGGGGGGACUUGAUAGAUAGUGGCUGAAAUGAGGGUGUUGACAGACACCAGUCUGAGAUAAGUUAAGAAUUCUUAAAAAUCUGUAUAUCAUGUAAAGCUACUACUAAGAUGAGCAUAAAGGGUAGGAAAAUAAUCGUGUUUAAAACUCCUAUGUGAUAAAUACUACAUUAUGUGUCAUACUGGGUGAGCUACUUAUCAUCCAAACUGUGAACCUUGGUCAUACUAUUUCAUAACCUAUGUCAGCAAUGAACAUUCACCCACUCAGCGUGAACUCCACUAAGAUGUACACGCACAAGACUGAGAUCACAGAAGACAUGAACGCUCUUUCUGCAUCAGCUGAUAGACCUUUAGAUCCGGUGGAGUUGAACGCUGGGGUAAUUUUAGUUUUCCGCCUGACCACAAAGUCUGUCAACAAAAUCUUCCAGUAAUUUCUCACAGUUAUGCUAAUACAUGUGAAAGGGGCCAGCUGACCCUCACCAAAGUGAUAUCUGCGUCCAUCUAAAAGAGCCAAGGAUGCUGCAACCUCUGCCGACGGCAAAAAUACAGCUGACUCCACCGAGUUAGCACAAUGACACACUGCACAAAAUAGAAGGUGGUGAGGAAAUAAAACCCACAUUUACAAAAACGAGCAAACUUACCACAUUAGUGCAGUCUUAUAAUGAAGACAGUGUGUCAUAAAGGGAAGCGGUGCCGUCUUUUAAGAGAGAUUCCUUUCCUUUGUCAGCUGUACCUUCUCUCACACCCAGUAGGAGGGGGCCAUAUUUGACAGCC